UAAAUACUGAACUCUUAUCCUUAUCUAAUUUGUAAAAGCCACAACAUGCAGUCUGCCUCCUUUCUAUCUCUAUCUCCACCCAUCUCUCAUUCGUCACAGUAGCGUUUCAUAAACCAGAAGAAGGAGCCGGACGUUGUUUCUCUCAGAGAUGGCUGGUGGUUAUCGAUACUCGAUCUGCUUCUUUACAUGCAGUCUUCUGCUGCUGUUUGGGAUCUCUCUCCACAAUGUGGAGGCUUCCAAUUGUGAAAAUAUCAUUGUCAUCCAUAAAAAAGUUGGGGACACAGCAGAGCUGCCAUCAUGCUUGCCAACUAAAGGGGUGACCUCUGCAUCAUGGAAAUAUGGAGGCAUCCUAAUUGCAGACAAAGAUAAUAAAGUUGCUGACGAAAAACAGUUUGAGGGCAGAUUAAACCUAAACCCCACAAACUUUAGUUUAACAAUUAGAAAACUGACUCUCGAAGAUUCAGGUAAUUUCAUUUUUUUGUCAGCGGACAAUGUCAGCCAACGGCCAACAGUCCGCAUCACACUGCAUGUUCACGAGCCGAUAGCAGAGCAGCCUGUCCUCAAUGGCAAUUCCACCUGGCACAACUUGGACCAAUCCUGUACAGUUUUGUUGGAAUGCAGUGCACGAACUGGCAGCAGUGUCUCCUACAAAUGGACCGUGAGGAACCAAACCAUAAGUGGGUCCAGGCUGCAGUAUGUCAUCAAGAUGCAGGACGGAAACACAACAUUCACCUGCACAGCCUACAAUUUUGUCAGUGAGAUGUCGGAAUCUAGAAUAAUGAAGUGCAGCAACGAUACGGAAGAAAUGUCCAGCUCCUCAUCUAUUGUACUCUUCAGUGUCGGAUCGGUUAUUGGAAUUUUACUGAUUAUCCCCCUUUCGCUGCUUUGCUACACAAAGUUGAAAGAUCGAUGUUGUAACAGGGUCACCCAAUCUCAAACGGUCAACCAUGAUGAAACUGAACAGCAUGUGUACUCCUCACUCCUCCACGGUGACGGCUGUGUCUAUGAAACAGUAAGAGGUUCUGGAGAGGCUGGAACAGGUGAACCAGACAAUCUAUACAGGAAUAUCACAGUUCAUUAAGAUACAGGAACCACUGGGAUCGUGUCGAGUAAUGAAGAGAUGGCUCCCUCACCCUUAGAGUCUCAACUCCCUCCUGGUUCUCUCUCAUCUUCCCACCACCGGCUGACAUCAGUCCAUCUCUGAACUCAUCCCUUGACCCUCUUCCCUUCAUCCCAGAUGAAUGCACAAUGUGCAAUCAUUUCUUUUAAAUCUAUAUCCAUAUUGGUGUGGUCUUUGUUAGUGAAUUAUCAUCAAAGCUUGAUCUUUUACAUUGUUAUAAGCAGCCAGAAGUACAGUUUCAUUUUUUUCACACAUGCAUGGUUACAUAUUUAGCCACUAGAUGGUGCCAAGUGAUAUUCCUGUCAGGUUAGGUCAGUACCUAAUAGUUCCUGUGGUCAGCUACCAUUCCAGUUAUGUGAGUGAGUGAGUGCUUGCAUUGGCAUUAUUUUUUAGCAGUUUCAAAUGUUUAAAUCUCAAUCCAGUCGAACAACGCUGUAUUCUUAUGUAUGUUGUGUGAAACUAUUUAUGUUCUCUUUCUUUAAUGCCAGUACAUGUAUUUUAAUUGCAUUGAGAUCCACUUAAACUCAAACUAGUUCAAUAUGAAUUACUGCGCAGUCCUAACUUGUAAUGAAUAUUACUGUGAAAUAACUAAAUGCAGUUUUGAACUAAUCUGGGUUGUGUUUCAUAGUUUUCCGAAAAAAUAUGAAGGAUCAGGGUGUGUCGUUAUGUCUUGGUUCUGUUUCUGACUCACUGACCAGUGUCAUUUUACAGACACUAUCACUUCUCCUUUCAAGAGAACAGUCACUUCACUUCAGGGUUUUACCGAGUUUAUGGGCAGCUACUCAGUUGAUUUCUCCGAAUGAAAAGGACAACUUGAAAAUAAAUGCCCUCUAAAGGGAGAGUUCCCUCUCUAUGAACAAAGAAGUUGACACAUUUUGUCCACUUGAUGGUAACAGAUAAUGAAGAUGAGGCCCUUAAUCUUUUUUAGCCACUGCGGUCAGUGUGUAAUGCUGUAAAGAAUACACCAUGUCCUGUGUUUGUUUUGUGGAGAUACCAAAACAUUGAAUGGAUAUAAUAAAGG